AUGUUCAAUAAAGUGGUCAAAGAUUGGGAGAUUGAAGAUCAGCCUAAACCUGUCGCCUCAAGGGUGGUGGGUGGAACUGAUGUUAAACCAAACAGCUGGCCAUGGCAGGUGUCUCUCCAGUACCAGAGUGGCUCCAGCUUUUACCACACUUGUGGUGGCACCCUGAUCGACAAACAGUGGGUUUUGACUGCUGCUCACUGCAUUGGCAGCCGCACUUACAGAGUCUACCUGGGCAAGCACAACCUGGCACUCAGCAGCGAGUCCGGCUCUCUCGCCAUCUCUCCUUCCAGGAUCAUAGUGCAUGAGAACUGGGAUUCCUACAAUAUCCGCAAUGACAUUGCCCUGAUCAAGUUGUCGACUCCAGUGACUUUCUCUGACAAGAUUUCACCUGCUUGCCUGCCUAAUUCCGGCAGCAUUCUGCCACACAACUUCUCCUGUUACGUCACUGGCUGGGGACGCCUCUGGACCAAUGGCCCCAUUGCUGAUAUCCUGCAGCAGGCUUUGCUCCCUGUUGUGGACUACGCUACCUGCACUAGGUCUGUCUGGUGGGGCAACCUUGUGACCAACCUCAUGGUGUGCGCUGGUGGAGAUGGAGUGGUGUCCAGCUGCAAUGGUGAUUCUGGUGGCCCUCUGAACUGCCACCUAAAAGUAGUAGAAGAAGAAGAAGAAGAACAUUAA